AUGAAUAUGAAAUCUACUUCUCUAUAUAUAGGGAGUAAAUAAGUAAGUUAAAAGAGAAUAAGAUCUCCAUUAAAGAAAUAAUCUAUGAUUUUCAAGUAAAAUUCAGAUGAUGAAGAUAAUUAAUCAGAAGAUGAAAAAAUGGAAGUUAUUAAUCUUAAUUACUUUAAAGCAAAAAAACAUUAAAAGAAAUUUAAUUUGUAAUAAAUGCUUCAAUAAGGUAAAUUGGCUGAAGAUGAAGUAGAUCAUAAUCCACAUUUUCCAAGUCCAACUAUCAAUACAAAAUUAAUACAUAAUAUAUUCUAAAUUUAUCAUUCAGAUAAAAAAGAAAUAUUACAAGAAGAUAAAAUUCAUGGAACUGCUGAAAAAAUAUCAAAAUAAACUAAUCAAAAAUUAGUAAAUUAAAUCUUAUUCAAUAAAAUGAGAUAAAAGAGAAUUGUCUCAUAACAUGAAUUAAAUAAUUCAACUACUAAUGUAUUAUAAAGUUUUAAGAAUCUAUCUUCAAUGUUUAAAAGUAUUAAUUAAAUUGUAGAUUAUCAUGCUGUUGCCAAUUAAAUUAGAUAAUCAUAAGCAUAAAUUACAAUAAAUAAAGAAGAACAUAAAAAUUUGGAAAGAUAAUAAUUCAAUUUUAAUUAUAUUAUUGAAGGUAGAUUAAAUUAAAUUAAAUUACUAAGUUAAGAAAUCUAUUAAUAUCAAAUAAGUUUACAAAAAUUAAGAAUGGAAAAUUGUAAAUUAAGAGAUCAUGUUAUUAAAUUAGGUGAUGAAAUUGAUUCAAUUAAAUCAAAAUAUACAAAAUAAAGAUAAUUAGCACUUCAUUAAGAAGAUAAACUUCAUCCAAAUAAAAAAUGGGAUAGAUAAUAAUAUUUUUAGGCUAUUGAUUAAAAUGAAUAAAUGGAAUUAGCUAGAAUCAAAACAUUUUAUAUGGAAUAUUAAUAACAAUUAUAAUUUAAUCAAACAUAAUUAAAAAAAGAAGAAGAAAUGCUAUAAGAUAUUAAAUUUACUAAGAAAUAAAUUAAAUAAGAUUUAGCAGAGUUCUUAAAAUAAGUAUUGCAGAGUGAAGAAAUUUAGUAACUUAUAUACUUAUAAUACAUAGAAUAUCAGGAUCUAUAAUAAUUAUUGUUAAAUUAUUAAUGUAAAUUAAUGAAAGUGUUACAUUAGCUGAUUUCCCAUGUUAUCUAGAUAAUCAAUCAAGAACCUUCCUUAUUUCAAAAGCUAAAUUAGAAAUUAAUAAUGAUUAUUUAAAAUUGUAAAUGAAAGAAAACCAAAUCAAAUAAUAAUAAUAAUAGGGUAAUAGAGUUAAUUAUGAAAAGAAACUAUUUUAAGUUAUGAACACUAUAUAAAACAUGAAAAAAUAAAAAUACACUUUAAAAUCAUUCGAAUUAUAAUAAUAAAGUGACUCUAAAUAAGAUAAUCUAAGUUAAAAAUUAUCUAAUUAAUCACUCUAAAUAAAUAAUUUAGAUAAUUAAAUUAUUGAAUUAGAGGAAUAAGAAAUCUAAAGACUUUAAAUACUUUAUUAAGGAAAACAAUUACCUAAUAGUUCAUUAUAAAAACUAAUAAAAACUGUUUAAGCUGAAUUUGGUUAUAAAUAAAUGAAUUAAAAAUUAAGUAUUAUUGUUUAGAAUUAUGAUACAAUCAAGAGUUAAUUCAAUAAGACCAUAAAGUGA